AGUUAACUUGUGGUCAUGGACAUAAUUAAAAGGUGACUUUUCGCAUGAUGUAAAUUUAUGAAAAUGGGAAUCCAGGCCAAAUAUUUGUGAAACAGACUCUUUAGUCAGUAAAAAGCCUUACUUACCUUGUGACCUACUUGAACAAUCAGCAAGUGACAGUAAAAGUUAGCCUGUGUUUGUGUGCAGCAUGGCUGUACAUUACCAAUGUUGUAUUUUCAUUCCAGCUUAAAUAUAAUGUUACGUUACAUAUUAUGUAUACUAACUACAUAUCUGAUUUCACAUUGUCUAAACAUUUUAGGGUUGUACUAUGACUAUACUCUAGAGGUGACAGAGGUCUCAUGAAUGAGGUUCAAAGCCAUAUAAUUUGCAUAUGCAAACUACACAAACACCUCCUUCUCUCCCUAAAACAAGGAAGCAUUUAAAGACUGAAAUUGUCAGUAAUGUGUGCCACUGCUCUUCAGUAGCUGAGCUGUGCUGUGAUCUCACCAUGUUUAUCCCCUGUAAACUGGUAAUACUGAUACUUGCACUGACUCUUCAUGGCCAAGUUCAUACAGGGGAAAUCAUUGGAGGCCACGAGGCUGUGCCACAUAGUCGGCCAUACAUGGUGCUAUUGAAAAGGCACAUGCAGGAUGGUAAAACACUGUGGUGUGGUGGCUUCCUUCUGAAUGAGGAUUUUGUGAUGACUGCAGCCCACUGCCAAGCCAUGCGGUACACAGUCUUACUGGGACUUCACAAGUUUCGUGAAAAUAAUGGAGUAGAGUAUAUAGACGUGGAACAAGCAUUUCCACAUAAAAACUACAAUGAAACUGACAGUUUCAAAAAUGACAUAAUGCUUCUUAAGUUGAGCUCCAAGGUGGAUUUCAGCAAAAAUGUGAAACCCAUUGCUCUCGCAGACAGAGGUGAUGACUCUCUGCCAAAAUCAUGCAUUGUCUCCGGCUGGGGACGUACAAACAGGGAAAUAAAAGAUACGUCUCUUGUACUCAUGGAAGCCGAUGUAACACUCACUGAUAAUGAGUGGUGUGAUAAGAGUAGCCUUCACUGCUCUGAGGGAGAGACUGGACCAGGGAGACUCUGGAGGUCCAUUGGUCUGAGAGGAUGGGAAGGCAUACGGGGUGGUGUCCGUUACCAUGAAACCAAACUCAGGUCACCCGUUUAUCCAUGGUUAUACUAAGAUUCCUGGCCACAAAAGAUGGAUUGGUUUGACAAUUAAAAAUGCAUGAAACAAUCUGAAUACAUGUAACAUUACUCUUUGCAUAACAUUGGGAAGCUGAUAAUUGAGAUGCUGACUGAUUGCGUAGCACUGACACUAUCAGAUCAAAGCAUGUCUUUCUUUUUGCUUUAAUGAAAAUGUGCUUUCCUUUGUCACCAAAAUUAUAAAUAUCAUUUGGUUCAUUUAAGUUUUUCCUUUUUGUGGUACAGCUGUUUUUUCUGCUGCUUGACAACUACACUUUUUGUCAAUAAACCCUAGAUUAAAAUGUCUAAUAGGCAAAUUGGAAAUGUAAACCAACCACAUGCACAUUGCACACAAAUUUGGAGUGGAUUAAAAUCAGAAAUUUGUGUAGAAAAAGUGUAGAUUUAAGACUGUUUAAUAGAUGUGAUACAUGUGAUAUUAGAUACUAUAUGUAAUCCUUGUGUAUCUUGUUUAUCUAAAUGAGAACACAUAAUCCUCCAUGUUUCCUUUGUACCACCUUUUAAAAUCAACUGUUCUCCCACCAUGUUUUCUCAGUACCUCUGUUCUAUAUUGAUCACUAUUCACUUACUGAAGCUUAAUGAAGU